AUGGCUAGCUUCUUCGAGGACAUUACACAAAGCUUCAAGGCUCUCGCUCUCGGAGACUCGACUCCCCAGAGCACUGAUGUCCAAACCACCACUACCAAUCCCAACUUCCCGAACUGGUCAACACGCACUUAUGCCUUGCGUGGCCGGGACUUCAACUUCUUCCCAGACACCGACAACCAAAGACGACCAAACUACGUUCCACCUUCUACUAGUGGCCGCGUUCCUCGUUUCUACCCUACCGGUACUUCGGAACAACUUUACACGGUCGGAGAAUACAAACGGCUCGAAACAAUUGGUUCUCUGAAGAAACAGACUACUGUGGGCAGAUGGCAGGCCAUCUGCGAUAACGAUUCGUGCCUGCAAGACUGUGCCGAAGGAUUCUGGGAGAAGGCCUGCCAGGUCAAUGUCGAUACCAAACAUGUCACUUGCUCGACCCAGUUCAUGGAACGUUGCAACAAGUGCGGUCGAAACUUCCAUCAGCGUGUACCUGGAAUUUGA